UCCAACUCCUGCCCGCUCAUUAUUGUCUGAACCACACCUAGUAUUACCCUCAUAUCCACUAAAACUUCAAGCUUUACCAAUUUGUCACAAGCGAAGAUGGUAGCUCCCAACACCAAUGAGGUUCCAAACAAUUACGAUCGAAAAAGCGAAGUGAAAGCUUUUGAUGAGACAAGGGAAGGCGUUAAGGGUCUUGUUAAUGCCGGGAUAGCCGAGGUUCCUAGAAUUUUUCAUCAACCACCACAAUUGGACGAUCAGUACUCCAUCAACAAUACAAGCACUGACUCAGAAGCCACCCAGUUUAGCAUUCCGCUAAUAGACCUUGAAGACCAUGGUAAUCCAACUAAGCGCAAUGAGAUUGUUGCAAAAGUUGGAGAGGCAUCAGAGACUUGGGGCUUCUUUCAAAUAGUGAAUCAUGGGAUACCUGUAGGUGUUCUGGAGGCGAUAAAGGAUGGGGUACGUGGGUUUUAUGAGCAGGACACUCGAGUCAAGAACGAGUUUUACACUCGUGAUCACUCUAAACCUUUGUUUUACAAUAGCAACUUUGAUCUUUAUAGUUCACCGGCAACGAAUUGGAGGGGUAAGUGUUACAUGGCUCCAAAUCCUCCUAAGCCAGAAGACUUGCCAGAAGUAUGCAGAGACGUACUGAUCGAUUAUUCAAAGCGAGUAAUGGAGUUGGGGAAAUUGUUGUUCGAGUUGCUGUCGGAGGCCCUUGGGCUAAAGCCUAGCCACUUGAAUAACAUAGAUUGUAGUAAGGGGCUACAGGUUUUAGGCCAUUACUAUCCUGCUUGUCCACAGCCAGAGUUAACUUUGGGCACAAGCAAGCACGCUGAUGAUUCCUUCCUUACGGUCCUUCUGCAAGAUCAUAUUGGUGGUCUGCAAGUUGUUGGUCGUCAAAAUAAGUGGAUUGACGUACCCCCUGUGCCUGGGGCUUUAGUGGUGAACAUUGGAGAUCUUUUACAAGUAAGCACACGUAUACAAUUGCCAUAUGGUCUAAUAUACUUGUAGAAAGGGUUGGGUUUCUACCCAUGCGUCUCAGUUUUUGUGGCAUGCUGCUUAGCGCUUAACGAAUUCAACUGUGGUUGUGGUUGCGGUUGCGGUUGCAUAUCAAUACUAUUAUACCAUAAGUGUGGGCUUGUUUGAGAAUGUUUUUGUUUGUAAGAAGCGGUUUUACACAAUUGUGUCGAAAACCUGUUAAAGUAUUUAUUAUAAUCCAA